UAGACCAACCCUCUUGUGUGUGUAUAUAUAACUGUCUAUCUCUAAGUCACUUCAGCAGGACAGCUACACAUGCACAUACAGUACACACAGACGAUCAUACCCAACAUAUCCGGUUCUCCUCUCUACAGGAUGGCGCUACAUGACUACCCCAUACCAGACCUUGACAUAACCUUGCAGGAAGCAGGCCGGGUCCUCCAACUCACCCUGAGCCCUGACCUGUUCAUGCAGUACAAAAAUGCCUUCCCUCAGCAGAGAGAGAUCCUCCAGGAGGCCCAGAGGAAGCUGUCCGACGCGGGUUCGGGUCGCGAGAACUGGGUGACGGAGCAGUUCAAAAGCUGCCUGCUGUCCAGUGCCGAUGCGCUGCCCACCUCAACUGCCAUCCCCAUAGUCCUGACCCAGUCGAAGACCUGGAAGAAUGACACUCAACUGGGGAGGGCAGCAGCACUGGUGUGGGCCAUGGCCAAGCUCUACAGUGAACCCUGGCUGGUCGAGGGAGAUGAGCCAAUGGAACGCACGCAGCAGUCAGAACUGUUUGCUGCCAGCCGAAUUCCUGGAAAGAAACAGGAUGAGAUUAAGCUCUACCCAGACAGUGUUCAUGCCAUCCUCACCAGCCGAGCCGGAGCGUUUCCCAUACAGAUCCUGCACAGGCCCAGUGCAGAGGGUCCUUUCAUCGCCUUGUCUCUGGGGGACAUAUACGAUCAAAUAGAGCACAUCAGUAACCUGCCUGCUGCUGGCACGGAGCAGGAUGCCUCGGCCAUCUGUGCCCUCUCCUCGCUGCCCCGUAGAGACUGGCAUGGCUUGAGGGAAAAGAUCCUGAAGAGCGGGGGGCCCACCGCGGCAUCCCUGAACAUCAUGGAGAGUGCCGUCCUGGCUGUCUCCCUGGAAGAUGGACCAGCACCACCUGACGUGGAAAGCACCCUCAAUGCUAUCCGACUUGGGGACAGAGGUUGGAACUGCUUGAGGUAUUAUGACAAGGUGGUUAACAUGGUGGUGUUCAAAGACAGAACAGCAGGCUUGGUGUUUGAACACAGUGCUGUGGAUGGAAUGGUGGCAGCGCUUGUGUCUGAAAGUGUCCUUUAUCUGUCAGAGUCACAGAAUAGAAACUUCAUCCAUGCCCAGACAGAGAAUAAAUCUGUAGCUCUUGACACUAGCUUGACAAAACCCAAACCCUUAACAUUUCAAUUGGAAGGUAUAGUCAUGCCAAGUCCACCUGCUGAAAUAUCUACUCCAGAAACCCACCGUAUUCUCACUUUUGAAAUGUCGUCUUAUCCCGAUAUUUUUACCAUCCUGAGGAGCCAACGAGGGGUUUAUGAUGCUUUCGUCAACUUUUCCCUGCAGCUAGCCUUGAGACAAACACUUGGGGAAUCAGCUGCAGAACACAUCAUUGUCACUCCCACACACAUGCGCCAUUUCAAACAUGGUCGCUGUGAUCCCACAUACUCCCUUACGUCCAGAUCUCGCCAGUUAAUUAGCACACUUACUACUUGCAUUGGUCCAGAUGGGAAUCCUCGGUACACCAAGGAACUCAUAGGCUUGUUCCAUUUAGCACUUUUGGAGCACAAAAAUCUAAUUAAAGCCACAAAAAGUGGACAAGGUGUGGGGCCUCAUUUGGCAGUCUUGCGUCAUUCCCUGUCCCCAAACAAUCCCUUGAAAAAGUUUCUGGAUCCUUUUGGAUGUCCGUCUGUGUACCUCACAGGAAUAGACCUGAUGGAAGGCAUAGAAUGUGCAGUUGGAAAUGUGUAUGCUCGUGACCAGCUUGCAGUCACCUACCUUGGAAGAAAAGACCGGAUUCGUAUCGUCCUGAAUGGAAAAGGUAGCUUUGCAAGUAUAUUGGACAAACUUCAUACAAACCUGCAAGAAACACUGAAGCUAAUUAUGCUCCUGGCACUUAGAUAUGCCAUUGCUGAGCAGAUGGGGGCACUUGAGUGUUUUCUGCAGGGGAAAGAUAAGUUCAGAAUCAAUGAAAACACUGAAGCUAAAAUCCACAAAGGUCCUAAUGUGUGCAGCAAACCACCACAAUCCUCAGAGAUGAAACCGGAUUUCACAUUGGUGAUUCAUGGUGGAGCUGGUGAAGAUGUGUCAUGGAACCAAAAGGCGGAGGUGGAUGUCCUUGAGUUUGCCCUGGAAACUGCCCUAAGCCUUGGGGCACAAGUACUGAGAAAUGGAGGGAGCAGCUUAGACGCAGUGCAGAGGAGUGUGGUAGCUCUGGAGGACUGCUUUCUCUUCAAUGCAGGCAAAGGUGCCAUCUACAACAAAGAUGGCCAACAUGAGCUAGAGGCUUCCAUAGUGGAUGGUAAUGGCAGCAACUCAGGAUCAGUGGCCUGCUUGCGUACUGUGAAAAAUCCAGUGAAGGCAGCCAGACAAGUCAUGGAGAAAAGUGUGCACUCUUUCCUGGUUGGGGAUGGGGCUGAAGAGUUUCUACAGGGAUUACCAGAAAAAGACAAGCCAGUGGAAGCUGAGUACUUUGACACCGAUGUGCGACGUAGAGAUUUUGAUGCCAAGCUCAACAGUAUCCAGUCCACCAAAAACAAUCAUCCACAAACUGUUGGUGCAGUUGCUCUGGAUAGGUGGGGUAAACUGGCAGCUGCAACCUCAACUGGUGGGCUUGUGGGCAAAUGGAAAGGCAGAGUGGGCGACACUGCUGUGAUGGGUGCAGGAGUAUACGCUGAUGAGAAAGUGGCAGUGACAUGUUCAGGUGAUGGUGACGUUUUCCUCAGGCAAACCGUUGCUCAAAGAGUUGCUAGUCUGUACAGUCACAAAGGCUACACACUCCAACAGGCCUGUCAGGAGGUGAUUUCUGAGAACCUGAAAGGUUGCCAGGCUGGAAUCAUUGCAGUGGAUCACAAAGGCCAAGCUGUGAUCGAGACAAAUGCAGCUGUCAUGUUUGUCGCAUCAAUGGUCAACAACACAAUUCGUGCAGAAGUCUUCAAACCAGCAAUCACCUUCUCCAACACAAUCUGGGAGACUGAUGAACUUGUUGCUUACUUACAACCUGACCCAUGGACUCCUGGGGCCACUGUACUAACCCGCAAAUCUUUCAGUGGUCCUUGUAGCAUUUUCCAGCUUACUGUUCAUGACUUCAAGAUGAUGCUACUCGGGGCCCGAAAAGUCUCAAAUCUCCUUUGUGAACGACUUGGCGUUCACCGUUGUGCCCUUGUAGUGCAUCCCCAGGAAGACCAGCCUGUCCAGAUUAAAGUACUGCCUCUGCAUGGCCUGGAACCUAGCUGGAGACCACACCUUGCUAGAGAAGAAGAGUUUAACCAUAAUAAUCCAGGCUACUGCACCUCUAAGAAUGGCCCACGUUGUGAAGAUGCUUACCUUGAUAGCAUCCAAGCCAAGAUACGAGCUAAGCUUCCAACACCUAAUGCUCCAUCCUGCUAUGACUUCCUGGGAGAUCAAUUACAUAACAAUCUUUUCUCGCGAAUUGUGCGUGGUGAAGAGAAACACUGGCGAGUGUGGGAGGACGACGGUCAUGUAGCCUUUCUAACUCCCUUCCCCAACACACCUGGAUUCACAAUUGUGGUGCCACGCAAACCGCUCCCCAGUGACAUCUUCCGCCUAGAAGAAGAAGACUACACAGCCCUCAUCCUUGCCGUCCAAAAAGUUGCACAGCUCUUGCAGGAAGGUAUGAGUGCCCAGAGAGUGGCUCUCAUUUUUGAGGGCUUUGAAAUUGAUUAUGCCCAUUUAAAGUUGAUUCCCUUACUGGCUUCAUCCUGUCCAGAGGUCACUGCUGUGCCACCACAGUUUUCCCAAACCUACCCAGGGUUUGUCACCUCGGCCAAUGGCCCACCCGCAUCACCAGAAGAACUUAAAAAGGUCCACACUCAGAUCACACAGAGCAAAGCCCCAAGGUCAUGGGAGGAUCCUCAAAGCCAUGCCACAUUAGCGAUAACCAACCAAUGGUACAGAAAUCUCUUCCAGAUCCAGAGCACCCUCUUUCACAGCACUGUAGAGUAUUUUCAUAACAUCUGUCAUUAUGCGUAUGCUUUAACUCCUGUCACCACUGACACGAUCUCAUCCCCAAUGGGUCUUGGGUCCGACUCAGAGCCUGUGGUUGUCAACAUGCUGGGACAAGAUGUCUUCUUGGCUGACUCCAUGCAGUUUGCCCUUGAAUAUUACCUGCGGUUCCAGGAAGGUCUACCCGGAGCCUACUAUGUCUCACCCAGUUUCUGGGGAGAAGAUCCUGAUGCCACACAUCUGAACCAGUUCUACCACAUUGAAUGUGAACUUCUGGGUGAUAUGGAUGCCGCCAUAUCUGUGGCCGAGAGCUUUGUGGCUCAUAUAACGCAACAAAUGCUGAAGAAACACUCUCAGAUCCUCCUGAGCACAGCUGGUACUCUGUCCCAUGCACAGGACCUGCUGAAAAAGCUUGAAGGGGGGAAACCCCUCCCAAGGGUCACCAUGGAACAAGCCAUCCCUAUGAUGCCGUCCCCAGACUGUCUGGAGUGGGUUCAAGAGGGCCAGCCUCAGUUUGGCAGAAAGCUCACUCGGAAAGGUGAGCGGGUCUUGAUUGAGAAAUGCGGUGGUGUCGUUUGGCUGACAGAAAUGGAUCACCUUGGACUGCCAUUCUAUCAGGCAUAUGUAGAAGGCUCAGACCGAUCUAAAGCCAAGGCUGCCGAUCUCCUGCUGGGACUGGGUGAGACUUUAGGCCUGGGAGAGCGCCACUCUAACCCAGAGACAGUGCAAGAGGCCUUGAGGCAUCACGCUGUUCCCGAAGAAUCAUACAAAUGGUACAUUAACAUGCGACAGGUCCUCCCCUUGCGCACCAGUGGGUGGGGCAUGGGCACAGAGCGCUACUUGUGUUGGCUGCUUCAGCAUAAUGAUGUCAGAGACAUGCAGAUCAUACCCCGAAUGAAAGCCAGGAAAUACAUGCCUUAAACGUUCUCAUUCAGAAAUCAGAAAGAGUUUGUGGACAACAUGAGUGAUAUGAUAGUUAUUUCAAAUGUCAAUUACAAUAAUUACACAAAUAUUUUUGAAUCAAAGAAUCACAUGUCAAGGCAUUGUGGGGAAGUUUCAGCCUUUUGAUAUUUUAUUGUUUGUCAUAAAGGAUGUUUAGGAGACAGUUUAAAAAACAAAUUGGAUCUGAAAUAUUAUAUGAUUUCAUUAUUUAGAGCAUGCCAUGAUCUUGAACAACAUAUCAACAUAUGAACAAAAUAUCAUAAAAAGCUGUAAUAGGAUCUGAAAGAUGCUAUUUGAAAAACGAAAACGUAGAAAGUCAUGAUUUACUAUUAAAAGAUUUUUAGUCAGCCCCAGCCAUGGCGCAACUGGCUGGGGCACUUGCACCGUACGCCGGCGACCCAGGAUCGAUUCCCGCCCCAUGGUCCUUUCCGGA